AGUACUGGGUGAUCUCUACGAAAUACCAUAAUCAUAUAUCAUGCUGUUUAUUUUGCUUUGUAAAUAAAAUGAGUUAAUAAUUGGUGGUUAACAAUGUUAAAUAUUAUACCUACACUAUCUGCAGUUAUUAAUAUGAAGUGCUUUCUCUUGAAAAUAUCACUUCUUUGUUGAGUUGGUUCAAGCAACACUUCCAAAAAAGUGAAUGGCAAAGUUGAACAAAAGAAGUUUUUCUGAUGUCCAUGCAGUAAAAAUCCACUACUAAUUUCAUCAUUGAUGGAUAACCAUCUUAAAUAUUUUAUGUAAGCCAGUAUAACAUUAAAUAACUUAUCUUCUCAGAAGAUCACUAUGCUUAAGUAGGAGAAGAGUUUGGAAGAGUGGUAUAUAUGCAUAGCACAAAAGGACUCAAAUAUUCUAUCAAUUGAUGUUCUAUUUUAAACAAUGGUGUAUAAUACUGAUACUGUGAUAUCAUAAGUGUGCAUCUUCUGGCUUUCCUACAGGUAUACUUUAAUUCACUAGGAACAUACAUUCUUGCUAAUAUUUUGGUAGUGGAAAUCUCAUGAUGAACCCUCUUAGAAACAUUAUGCUUAGUGUAUUCUAUGGCUUUGUCUCAUUUUAAGUUGAGCAUUAAAGGAAUGCAUUAUUUUAGUUUUAACUCUGACAAUAUGUCUAUCUAGUGGCCUAUUGCCAUUUCUGUCUUUAUUGAAAUUUUUGUCCCAAGAAAGUUAGGAUUGUACUUUUUUCCUAACGGGGAAAAAAAAUGUGGGAUGCCAUCUAAAUUAGAGUGGAUUAUGAUACCAUGUUUAUAGUAAAUGAACUUAAUAUAUCAUAUGUAUUUGAAAUUGAGAACAUAUUGUAAUUUAACUUGUCAUGUUAAAAAUUAUGCUACACUCUUGAGUCAGAAUUUUGAGGUGCCAGCAGUGCCGCCCAUCUUUGGCAGAUCGCGGUGCCUUAAAGGAGAUAGCGGGACGCUUGUGUGUGAUCGACUUCAUCACCUCCAUGGUAGCUACGAUUUUUCAUAAUUGAAAAUAGCAAAGUAAACCAAGAUGUCAAUGGAUCCAAUGACCUAUGAGGCCCAGUUCUUUGGCUUCACACCAGAGACUUGCAUGCUUAGGAUCUAUAUUGCAUUUCAAGAUUACCUAUUUGAAGUGAUGCAGGCUGUUGAACAGGUUAUUAUGAAGAAGCUGGAGGGAAUCCCAGACUGUGAUAUUAGCCCAGUCCAGAUUCGUAAAUGCACAGAGAAGUUUCUUUGCUUCAUGAAAGGACGUUUUGAUAAACUUUUUGGCAAAAUGGAGCAGCUGUUUUUGCAGUUGAUUUUGCGUAUUCCCCCAAAUAUCUUGCUUCCUGAAGACAAAUGUCAGGAGACGCAUCCUUAUAGUGAAGAAGAAUUCCAGCUUCUCCAAAAAGAAAUUGAAGAAUUACAGGAAAAGUAUAAGACUGAAUUAUGUACUAAGCAGGCCCUUCUUGCAGAAUUAGAAGAGCAAAAAAUUGUUCAAGCCAAACUCAAACAGACUUUGACUUUGUUUGAUGAGCUUGAAAAUGUUGGCAGAGAUCAUGGGACUAGUGAUUUUAGGGAGAGUUUGGUGUCCCUGGUCCAGAAAUGUAAGAAACUCCAGAACAUUAGAGACAAUGUGGAAAAGGAAAGCAAAAGACUGAAAAUAUCUUAAUUUCUCAGUAGCAAAAACAAAGAACCUGUAAAAAAGUAGUUUUCCUUUGUUCACUCUUUCUUAUGUUCCCCAUCUUUUUUGGUCCACUCUUCUCAAGUAGCUGUACUGCCUUGAACUAGUCUUUGAAGCCUCUGUUCAUUAGAGUUUUCUAAUAAGUGGAGAGAGAUUCUUGAUUCAAUAAUGGCUCAUUUGGGGGCAUGAUUGAAGAAGUAAAACUACAGCUGAAAAUAUAUAAUUGUACCUUGUUUAUAAGUCUUUGUGAUCCUGGUCCUUUUGGCUUAUUCUUUGGAUAAUACCAGGUGAAAAAAGGGUUAAAUGGGUGGCUUCUUUAUUAACCAGCCAUUAUACUAUGAAAUAGCCAGCAUAGGGUUCUGCUCUUGCCCAGUAACUUUGCUUUACAUGAAGAUGUUAUAACUGGUUGAAGAAACAAGCAGAAAAAAAAAAAAAAAAAGACCCAUCUUUGAUCUUUGGUAAACAAGAAAGUUGUUUUUAUUUCUAUAAUAAAUCUCUCCUUUUAAAAAAUAUUUUUAGUUAUAAAUGGACAAUACCUUUAUUUUAUUUGUUAUGUUUUAUGUGGUGCUGAAGAUUGAACCCAGUGCCUCACACGUGCUAGGCGAGCUCUCUAUCAAUGAACCACAACCCCAGCCCAAAUAGAUCUUUUUAUAAAUGAGGCCCUGGUGAUGUUAAGCAAUUUAAUACCUUGGGGUCCUGCAGAAGAUAACAUUGGACAAAAAAGAAGCAGAUACCACUGGAAUAGAAAAGGAAGCAUGGGGUGGGGGGUCAUGGCUCAGCGGUAGGGCACUUGCCUAGCAUGUGCGAGGCCCUGGAUUUGAUCCUCAGCACACAUAAAAACAAGUAAAUAAAAAAAAAGAAAAGGAAGCAUGGGGCAUACACAAUAAUGAAGUUUGUAUUUAUUGACUCAGGUUUUAUACCUUUUUUAUAGUAAAAUUAGUUUUAGACUCUGCCUUAUAACGAAUAUUUAAUUAACUUAUUUAUUCAUACUGAGGGUAAUAAGCAUCAAAUGUUUAGUACCCUCAGAUUAUCUAAGGGAAGGGGAGAAAUAUUAAUGAUUGAAUUUUUUUUUUUUUUUGCAUGCAAUGCUGAGAAUCGAACCCAGUGCCUCACACAUGCUUGGCAAGCACUCUACCACUGAGCCACAACCCUAGACCUAGUGACUGAUCUUAAUGUGUUAUUUGCUUUUCAUGUCUUCCUAAAGAACAGGGUUUUGAGUUUUUCCUGUAAAGAAGGAGUUACUUGGAGUAUUAAUAUUUGCAACUAAAUAUUCAUAGACUUAGGAAACUUGUGCUUAUUAUCAAAAGGUCUUUUGGGCUGGGGAUGUGGCUCAAGCGGUAGCGCGCUUGCCUGGCAUGCGUGCGGCCCGGGUUUGAUCCUCAGCACCACAUACAAACAAAGAUGUUGUGUCCGCCGAAAACUAAGAAAUAAAUAUUAAAAAAAUAUUUUUAAUUUAAUUCUUGUUUCUAAUCCUGUGCAUUAAAUAUAUAUGUUCUAAAAAAAAAUUAUGCUACACUCUUAAACAUAAUCUACAAAUUGGGCAUAUUGAAUGAAAAUAGCCACUAUCAAAUCUACCCUCCUGAAUUAUGAGAUAGUUACUAUUCUUUGUUCCCAGUUCAAAUACUCUACAGUCCUUAGAAAGAAUGACCUAAAGCAUACCAUUAAUUAAAAUGCAGACAUAUAACUGUUUUAAAGUAAAUAGUAAUUUUUGUUGCCUGUUUCAUUGGGCCCACCCUCUCUAUGUGGAUCUUCAGAAGGCUAAUAAGAAAAUGUGUUCUUAAAGUCAGAUUAGAGUUCACAAUAUAUUUUUUCCACAGAAAUAAUUUUACAUUGUCAUUGGGUAUACUUGAAAUAAUACUUUAAGCAUUUGUAUCUCAGUAGCAUAUAUGCCAAUAGGUUUUUUGUUCUGAUCUAGGUUUCUUACCAUCAUUUAAAGCAUUUUGGAGAAGGGGAAUGCCUCUUUAUGAUUGAAUCAAAGUACAUUUAAAAUGUAUACAAACUAAGUUAUUCAUUUUACAAACCAACGUUAACCAAACUAAAUAGUAUUUUUAAGUUAGAGCAAAUGAUGAGAAAAUUAAAAAUACAGCUUUCUAAAAGUUUUUAAAUUACCGUUGGCUAGUGUAAUUUAAGUUAGCUAACUUGAAUAUAAAAAGUAAUUGUUUCUGUGAGAGGAGUGAUAUACUUUUCAAGUUCAUUUUGCCUCUUACAAAAGCCAAACCCAAUAAAUAUCUUUUACUUGCUUCUUAAACACUCAAAAAUGAAAUAAAGCUAAAUCCAGAAAUUUGCUUCUAAGGAUUUUUCAAAGAUAACCAUAAGAAUUAUGUAGAAAAAUAUAUGCACCAGGAGUUAAUAAUUAUUAUUAUAGCAGAGAAUUAAAAGGCUUUUAUCUGGAUAACUGCCCAUAUAGGAUUAGUGAAAUGAAUUCUGGAACAUGUCUGAUAAAAUUCCAUAGAGUUAAAAUUUGUACUUUAUAAGAUAAGUAAACCACAUGGGAACAACUUGACUAUAAACUUUUAAAAAGAUUAAAAAUAAAUAUGAUGUUACCCCAAUUUUGCAAAAAAGAAAAAGUUUCUAUUUAUUUAUUUAUGUAUAUAUAAUCACACAUAAUAAAACACCAGAAAAUAUAGUAAAAUAUAAACAGGGCGGUUUCUAAUUAGUGAGAUUCCUUUUUUUUUUUUUUUUUUGAGGGGAGCACUUUGCUGAAGUAUUAAAUUUCCUACUUCGGAACUUAAAUUUUUACUUGCAAAAUAUUUGGUGAAUAUUUUUGAUAAAGAUAAAAUAUUUUUGAUAAAAAUACUUUUGUACCAGAAUUUGACACAGAUAAGUUAUAAAGUUUAUUAUAAUUUCUCUUGAUUACUUUUGAAUACGUCUUUCCAAUUAUCAAAGUUCUGUUGUGGUUUUUUAACUAUAAUUUUGGUUCUAAACACUUUUGUUAGCUUACUCGUGAUCAUUAUGUUAUAAUUAUAGUAGUAGGACUACUAAAGGAUAAGUGUUAACUACUGAGCCAUUAAAAUCUGUUCAUCCUAUAAUAAUAAUGUUUGACUAGAAUACGACUUCCAGAGAAAUUAUGUAAUCUUAUUGAAAAGUAGAGCGACUGGAAUAAACAGUCUUUGUAACCUUUCCAGACA